GAAAUGCACCUGAAGAUACUGAAAGCAUUUGUUGGUCUGCAUGAGUUCUCAGACCUGAAUCUGGUGCAAGCACUGAGGCAGUUUCUGUGGAGCUUUCGUCUCCCAGGAGAAGCUCAAAAGAUUGACAGGAUGAUGGAGGCGUUUGCAGCUCGCUACUGUGGCUGUAACCCCGGGGUCUUCCAAUCCACAGACACCUGCUACAUCCUCUCUUUUGCCAUCAUCAUGCUCAACACGAGUCUCCACAACCCCAACGUGAAAGACAAACCCACUCUGCAGCGAUUUGUUUCCAUGAACAGAGGCAUCAACAACGGCGAGGACCUGCCCACUGAGCUGCUCACGGUCAGCAGGCUUCAUUAUUUCAUGGCUUUGUCAGGCCCUGCCUGUACAGUCAGGUGAUAGAAAACCCAAGGCGCUGAUUGGUGACAGCAUUAUAGUGGUCGAGUUAAAACCUGGAAGAGAAGGUGGUUCAUUUUGACAGACAGCUGCUUGUACUACUUUGAAUACACAACAGAUAAAGAUCCAAUUGGGAUUAUUCCUCUGGAGAACCUGUGUGUCAGGGCACUACAAGACUCAAGCAAACCGUUCUGCCUGGAGUUAUAUAAUCCUAAAGGACAAAAGAUCAAGGCCUGCAAGACGGAGAACAAAGGCAGAGUGGUCCAGGGUAAACACCAGUCGUAUAAGCUCAGUGCAGCCAGCGCAGAGGAACGGGACGACUGGAUAGAUGCAAUCAGGGCGAGCAUCACCAAGGACCCUUUCUAUGACUUGGUGACACUACGCAAAAGAAAGAUCAUCAGCAACACUUCCUCAAAGGACUGACACAGCACCAUCAGUGAUCAUGGAUGAGUUUGACUGAUGAAUCAUGUCUCAUUUUAAUGACUGCUCACGAAAGAUAAAACCAAAAUGUCAUUGCUCUGUAUUUCAAAGAACUGCGCAAAUUGGGAUGUGAUACUUGUAGUGUAAAAAGGAGAAAAGUGAACCGUGGUUUUCACAUUACUUCUGCAAAAUGAAUGCACUGCUGCUCCGACUUCAGGGGCGACAAGUCUGACGGACAAACAUCUGCUGCAAAGCUAUAACAAUCAUGAAAGUCUAACCCAGAAGACAUACAAUGAGAGAGCCAUAAAACAACUACAAAGAGACAGAAAAUGACCUCAAAGAGACAUAACAAAGACACACAAGGAAACUUCAGGGACAUAAAACGACUUUAGACACAUAAAAUGACCACAAAGAUUAAACAGCUUCACACAAAAAAACACAGAUAGACUUUAGCAAAACAUAAAAUGACUAGAAAGAGACACAAAACAACUGCAAAGAGACAGAAAACAACUUCAAAAAGAAACAAAAUGCUUUUGAAGUGAAACAUAUUGACUUCACUGAGACACAAAAUGCCAACAAAGUAUCAAAAUAUAAAUUGAUACACGCCUUUUAGACAUGCACACUUUUCUGUUAAUAUGAAAGCAUCUGAACCUGUCAGCUUAUUGAAUAAAUGUUCACUGUGAUCACUUUGUUGUGAAAGCUGAGAUGGCAUUUGCUCGGUCAGACCUGGUAUCAUUUAGGUAACAGAUUCAAUGCAUGCACUAAUAAGGUUGGAAUUGCAUAUUGGAAUUUACUUCAUCUUCAGUUCCUUUUUAAAAAGACUUACAAAAGACCAAAGUCUGGCACCUUUUCACAUCUGAUGUCAAUGUGUCAUAAACCAGCAUUUGCAGAGACUGGAGGUCUUGUAGGGUCACUGUUUGACUACAGCUAGAUUCCCAAAUUGGAUACAUAGAGAAAAACAGGUAGUUGUCAAAUCUCAGCACAGAAACUUGAGUUUGGUUUAGGACCACAACUAAAUCUACUGAUGAAGUGAAUUCAGAGAUUGAAUUUGAAAUUAAAAAACUCAAUUUCUUUUGAAAGUAUCUCCCAUCAUGGUGUCCUUGUGCGUGCAGCCACUGGCUGAGAUAACAGAGAGAGCACAAGUACUGGUUUUCUAUAAUGUUUGCAUGAUUGAACUUUAAUACUUGCAGGAGGAAAAAAAAACUUUUAUUGGAAUAUAAGAAACAGAAAGAUCGACUUAACGCUGGUCUGACUGAGUUUUAUGACCACCUAACAUCAAAGGACUGAGAUGACAGAAGAACGCCACAACUUUUGAAAACUGUCAGAAUUCAAUUUAGACUUUAGACAUUUGUGUGCAGCCAAAAAUGAUUAUAAAAGUAAAAUAACAUUUUUAUUGUACACUGGAAAAAAUCGGAAGACAUAUUCAGAAUCAGCACAGGUCUAUAAACACUGUAGAGAGCAUUUCUUGAUUCAUUGGUUCCACAGUUUAACUUGGAUUAAACCCGGUGAAUCCAAGGUCCACUACUGACGAUGUGUUCCAAAUUUUAAAAUGAUAAGCUAGAUCAGAUCCCUAAUCCCUAAACCUAAUCAAGGAAGGAAAAUGGCAGAUU